AUGCCGUCUUUGUGUCCUUUAAUCUCUUUUGAAGCUCUGAUCGAGUGCGAGGAGCCGAACAACCGCCUGGAUAAGUUUGUGGGGACGAUGCUGUGGCAGAGGGAGCUUUACCCUCUGGACCUCGACAACAUGCUGCUGCGAGGCUGCAAGAUCAGAAACACCGAGGUGUGUCACGGCCUCGUCAUCUUCGCAGGAGCCGACACCAAAAUCAUGAGGAACGGCGGCAAGACGAGAUUCAAGAGGACCAAAAUUGACGAGCUGAUGAACUACAUGGUUUACACAAUCUUCGUGCUCCUGAUCCUGGUGUCGGCGGGUCUGGCCAUCGGUCACACCUUCUGGUACGAGGAGAUCGGCUCUCAGGCCUGGUAUCUGUACGACGGCAAAAACCAGGGCGCCUCCUACAGAGGCUUCCUCAGCUUCUGGGGAUACAUCAUCGUCCUCAACACCAUGGUGCCCAUUUCUCUAUACGUCAGUGUGGAGGUGAUUCGUCUGGGCCAGAGUAAGUUCAUUAACUGGGACCUGCAGAUGUAUUUCUCAGAGAAAGACACACCGGCAAAGGCUCGAACCACCACCCUGAAUGAGCAGCUCGGUCAGAUCGAGUACAUCUUCUCCGACAAGACGGGAACUCUCACACAGAACAUCAUGCAGUUCAAGAAGUGCACUAUCGCUGGACGCAGCUACGGUGAACCGACCACAGCUGAGGGAGUGGUGCUGGACCGAGGAAGGCCGGUGGACUGGAGCUGGAACCGGCAGGCUGACAAAAAGUUCCAGUUCAUGGAUCAUUCCCUGGUGGCCUGCGUGCGAUCCCAGAAAGAUAAAGAUGCUACAGAUUUCUUCAAACUGCUCUCCCUCUGCCACACCGUCAUGGUGGAGCACAAAGACGGUGAGCUGGUGUACCAGGCGGCGUCUCCGGAUGAGGGCGCUCUUGUGACGGCCGCUAGGAACUUCGGCUACGUGUUUCUGUCUCGCACGCAGGACACCAUCACCAUCAAUGAGAUGGGGCAGGAAAAGACCUACGAGAUGUUGGCGCUGCUCGACUUUAACUCCGACCGCAAACGCAUGUCGAUCAUCUUGAGGUUUCCUGACGGGCGUAUUCGUCUCUACUGUAAAGGAGCCGACACCGUCAUCUACGAGCGACUUUCCCCGAACUCCAGACACAAAGAAACAACCCAGACGGCUCUGGAUAUCUUUGCCAACGCGACCUUGCGGACGCUGUGUCUGUGUUACAAAGACAUCAGCGUGGCAGAGUUCGAAGCCUGGUCCAGACAGCACAAAGAAGCCCAGGUGGCCACGGCGGACAGAGACGCUGCCCUCGACCGCGUGUACGAGCAGAUCGAGUGCAACCUGAUGCUGAUUGGAGCGACUGCCAUCGAGGACAAACUGCAGGACGGAGUCCCAGAGACCAUCGCCAAACUGGCCAAGGCCGACAUCAAGAUCUGGGUCCUGACCGGAGAUAAGAAAGAAACGGCAGAGAACAUUGGAUAUUCCUGCUCGCUUUUGACCGACGACAUGCAGAUCCACUACGGAGAAGACGUCAAUGAGAAGCUGAGCAUCCGUCAGGCCAACAGGAGAAACGAACCUCAAACUGUCCGUCGAGGCAAAAAGAAAGCGCCGGAGCCUUUCUUCUCCGGGACCAGCAAAAACGCUCUCAUCAUCACCGGAGGAUGGCUGAACGAGAUUCUGUACGAAAAGAAGAAGAAACGCCGCCGCCUGCGUCUGCGUCGUCUGGGAAAGCGACCGCCUCCCAGCAGCCCUCAGGACGGACAGCCGAUGAACGACUGGGAGAAGGAGAUGAGACAGAUUGACUUUGUGGACAUGGCGUGUGAGUGCGAGGCCGUCAUCUGCUGUCGCGUCACACCGAAGCAGAAGGCUAACGUGGUGAGUCUGGUGAAGAAGUACAAGAAAGCCGUGACGCUGUCCAUCGGAGACGGAGCCAACGACGUCAACAUGAUCAAAACUGCGGACAUCGGUGUCGGUAUCAGCGGUCAGGAGGGGAUGCAGGCCGUCAUGUCCAGCGACUACGCCUUCGCUCAGUUCCGUUACCUGCAGCGCCUCCUGCUGGUGCACGGACGCUGGUCCUACAUCCGAAUGUGCAAGUUCCUGCGUUUCUUCUUCUUCAAGAACUUCGCCUUCACGCUGGUUCACUUCUGGUACUCCUUCUUCAGUGGAUACUCCGCACAGGUCACCUAUGAAAACUGGUUCAUCACUCUCUACAAUCUGUGUUACAGCAGCUUACCGGUUCUGCUGGUUGGACUUCUUGACCAGGACGUUAACGACAAACUGAGCUUGAAAUUCCCUAAACUCUACCUGCCCGGCCAACAAGGUACAUUAUUCAACUACAAGAACUUCUUCAUCAGCUUGUUUCACGGCAUCUUCGUCUCCCUCAUCACCUUCUUCAUCCCGUACGGAGCCUUCCUGCAGACCAUGGGGCAAGAUGGAGAGGCCCCCUCCGACUACCAGUCUUUGGCCGUGGUCACCGCCUCGUCGCUCAUUUUUACCGUCAACCUGCAGAUCUCUCUGGAUACCUCCUACUGGACCUUCGUUAACUGCUUCGCGGUUCUGGGCAGCAUAGCCAUCUACUUCGGCAUCAUGUUCGACAUCCACAGCGCCGGGAUCCACGUCAUCUUCCCCUCAAUAUUCACCUUCACCGGUGCAGCGUCAAACGCGCUGCGUCAGCCCUACCUGUGGUUAACCAUCAUCCUGACUGUGGGCAUCAGCCUGCUGCCCGUCAUCUGCAUCCAGUUCCUCUAUAAAAACAUCUGGCCCUCUGUGGGAGACAAGAUCCAGAGAAACAGAAAGAAGUACGAGAUGGAGCUGGCAGAGGAGGAGAAGAAAAAACCAUCAGCCUUCCAGCGUGGCCGGCGCUCCCGCCGCUCCGCCUAUGCCUUCUCUCACUCCCGUGGCUACGCUGACCUCAUCUCGUCUGGGCGGAGCAUACGGCGGCGCCCGACGGGCCGUGGCGGACCCCAGGACAGCAUCAGGGAGGCUCCCCAGAGAGAGGCCGAAAACAUCUGAAGGGGGCAGAGCAGAAGAUGGAGCAAAACUUUAGCCAGCGGGGUUGUAAAUAUUUGGAAAAGUCAGAGGAGCGCUUGGUUUAUCUUUGUUUUAACUGUGGAGUCGCUGCUGAAAUGGUCAACGUUGGAAACUCUGCACAGAAAUGACUCCUCUUCCAAGGUUUUCAAGCCCCAUAGAGGGAGAUGAAAGAAAUAAGCGCUCCGAAAGUGGCUCAACUUAUAGAGAUGAAAUGGCAGGCGUUUGCUCCGGUCUGUGACUCCACUGCCUCCAGUUCCUCCUCUAUGCACAGACUCUUAAAAAAAAAAAAAGAAACAAAACAAAAGCUCACCGAAGAACCGACCGCCGUCACCGGGGUUUGAGGUCAUGCAGUCAUUGCCUGACUGACAAUGUUGUUUAACUCAGGAUUUUUAAAAUAAAAGCCUUAUUUUUUAGUCAGUUUCUCCCUGCUCACCACUUCUGUGGCUGGAUUUGGAGUUGUAACGUUAUUUAAUGAUACUUUUUUUGACAUUCACAGUUUUAGCCCGGUGUCUGCGGAGCACUUUGUGUUUUAUCAAAAAAUUCAAAAAUAUAAAUUCCAGUCGAUUUGUCCGUUAUCUACAUGAAAUCAGUUUUAUUUCUGUCCGCUGAGAUCCAAAGAUUUUCCUCAGCAUUAAAAACAAUGGGCUAAAGCUAAACAUGUCAAGGUAUCCCCUUUUAAUGUUUUAUUAUAUAUAAUGGUGGGAUGUUAUUAUGCCAAGCUAUGCAAGGUGGUCAGAUGUUAUAAAGUGUGUCUUAAUUUAAAAAUAAGUUGUAAAUAGUAGUCUUCUGUCCUCUGUUGCACCAAAUGUCCAAAGUGUCCUCACAGACGUUUUAGUCUCUAAUUUGAGGGGGGGACUUUGUUUCAGCCUUAAAACCUUUUUAAAUGCCUCUUUCAAACCUGAAUCCUUUGAUUAUUUGUUCUAUGUACAUCAUCUUUUGUUCUUUCUUAUUUACCUAAAGUGCUUUAAACGCUCUAAGGAGCCUACAAAGUUUGAACCUUCACUUUGUCUUUUCUAUUUUUUCUUGAACACUAAAUCACACAUUACUUAAAUCUUGAAAAACAUAUUUUUCUGUAUUUCUGUGUGCAUCACUGGUUGUUUACAGCAAACCCAAAGAUUUUUGUCUCUUACAGUUAGAUUUAGGAUAUCCACUAAAACAGUGCUAAGCCAAAACUAACACAUCCCUGCUCUGACUGUUACUGUCCCCUUCACUCUAGUGUUACUGUAUGCAGAUGAUGUCUUUUUAUUACUGAAUGAAUGGAGACGAGGACUGCGGUUGACUCUCCCAGCAACAGUUUGGUCUCUGUUGUAUGACGGUAUUUUAUCAUGUGGUUGUUAAUAAAAGCCAAGGGCACAUUUAGCAAUCUGAAA